AGCCUUUCCUCUAUUGGCCGGGGGACCCGGUAGCAGCAUCUUCCCGGGGCGGCCGCCAGCUCUAGGAGGGUCGACAGCAGUGCCGGUGCAUGCGUCCGGCGGGGGGACAGCACGGCGGAGCGGAGCGGGGGCAGAGGGGAGUGAUGAGAAGUUGAGGGAGGACGAAGCGAGGGUGCCCUCUCCUCGCCCCGCGCCGCAGGGAAGCCCAGCCCCGCAGCAGGUGCAGCAAAGCCUGGGCGGAGGGGACGAGGCGGGCCCGGCGCUCCUGGCGCCGCAGCGGAGGGGCUCCAGCGGGAGCAGUGCCUCAGGCCGGGCCGGACGGAGCCGCGCAGCCCCCGCACCCUCUCGACUGAAGUGGGGGGGAAAAAAAGAGCGGCAAGCGGAGCCCCGAGCAGCGGGAAGCGACUUGCUCUGGUCUUCGGCUCGUUACCAGAGGCAAAGACACGGAGAAACGGCCCUGAAGGGAGAGAGCUAUGAAGCCGUACACUCCAGCUCUCAUUCUCCUGUGGAGCACUGUUGGGAUAGCGAGGGCUGCCAAAAUCGUUGUCGUGCCGCCAAUUAUGUUUGAAAGCCAUCUUUAUAUUUUCAAGACUCUGGCCUCAGCCUUGCAUGACCAAGGUCACCAGACAGUGUUUCUCCUCUCUGAGGGCAGAGAUAUUCCUCCAUCUAAUCACUAUAGACUUCAGCGUUACCCAGGGAUCUUUAACAGCAGCACCUCGGAUGAUUUUCUCCAGUCCAAAAUGAGGAGUAUUUUCUCUGGGAGACUGACAGCCCUGGAACUGUUUGAUAUCCUGGAUCACUAUUCCAAGAACUGUGACAUGAUUGUGGGCAACCAAAACCUCAUACGUGUCCUGAAACAGGAAAAAUUUGACCUGCUCCUGGUAGAUCCUAAUGAGAUAUGUGGAUUUGUGAUAGCUCACCUUUUAGGGGUUAAGUAUGCUGUCUUUUCAACAGGCCUUUGGUAUCCAGCAGAAGUAGGUGCUCCAGCUCCCCUGUCUUACGUUCCAGAAUUUAACUCGCUACUCACAGAUCACAUGAACCUGUUUGAGAGGAUUAAAAAUACUGUUGUUUAUAUUAUUUCAAGAUUUGGAGUCAAUUUUUUGGUUCUGCCAAAAUACGAAAGGAUAAUGCAGAAAUACAAGGUUCUGCCAGAACGGUCCAUGUAUGACUUGGUUCAUGGAUCCAGCCUGUGGAUGCUUUGUACUGAUGUAGCACUAGAGUUUCCAAGACCCACGCUACCAAACGUUGUUUAUGUGGGAGGAAUCCUAACCAAACCGGCCAGCCCUCUGCCAGAAGAUCUCCAAACAUGGGUGAAUGGUGCUAAUGAAAAUGGCUUUGUCCUCGUCUCAUUCGGAGCUGGAGUGAAGUAUCUGUCAGAAGAUAUAGCAAAUAAGUUAGCACAUGCCUUGGCAAGACUGCCCCAGAGAGUUAUUUGGAGGUUUUCAGGAAACAAACCAAGGAAUUUAGGCAACAAUACAAAGCUUACAGAAUGGUUACCACAAAAUGACCUGCUUGGUCACUCUAACAUCAAAGCCUUUCUUAGUCAUGGUGGUUUGAACAGUAUUUUUGAAACCAUGUACCACGGGGUCCCUGUGGUGGGAAUCCCCCUUUUUGGUGACCAUUAUGAUACUAUGACUCGAGUGCAGGCUAAAGGCAUGGGAAUACUGUUGAACUGGAAGACCAUCACUGAGGGUGAAUUGUAUGAAGCGCUAGUAAAAGUUAUUAAUGAUCCCAGCUACCGGCAACGAGCGCAGAGGCUGUCGGAAAUCCACCGAGACCAGCCGGGUCACCCCAUUAACCGGACUGUGUACUGGAUCAACUACAUCCUCCGGCACAACGGAGCGCAGCAUCUGCGUGCCGCUGUUUACAGCAUCUCUUUAUAUCAGUAUUUCUUACUGGAUAUUGCUUUUGUUGUACUAGUGGGUGCUGCCUUAUCUUAUUAUAUUUUGGCCAGGAUGACAAAGUUUAUCCGCAAACAGAGCAACCAUCUUUGGUCAAGUGGUGAACAUAGCGCUGUUAAUGGACAUUACCAGAAUGGGAUACCCAACGGAAAGUAUAGAAGAAAUGGCCACAUUAAACAUGAAAAAAAGGUGAAAUGAGCCAACCAUCCCAUGUAAAGUAGUAAUGAAUCAGAUCAGUAAUCGAAUUUUAUCGCUGUAACUUAGUCUAACAACUACUUAAAACCUCAAUAAGCAGUUCUAACACUCCCCUACAGUAUGUAAUCUUACGUGACAAAAUUCUACAGAACUAAGAAAAGUCUUUAGAAAAGAAAAGAAAAAAAAAAGAAAAGAAAGCACAACCUAAAACGGAAAGUGUGUUUUAUUCUUAAUACUGAUGCAGAGACGUUAUUUUGGCACAGAAGUUUUUAGAAGCCUUAAUUCUCUAAAGUUAUACAAUGACCAUAUUUAUGAAUUUUCAGUUUUUAAAAGCUAAAUGCGUGUGUCCCAGAUGAGGAAAGGUUUCUUUUUAUUUACAAAGGGAUUUUUCCUUUUAUUUUUUUAUUAUUUUAAUGUAUCCAUCCUUUUGCUGAGAGAGCUUUAGUGCUAGCUCUGUGUUAUAUCCGUUGACAGUUCAACAUGCUGUCUAAGAAUGAUGUUUUAAAAAAAAAAAAAAAAAAUUCCCAAUGUUUGAUCUGCAAGAAAUAGCAAGUUGCAGACUGAGAACACAGAUGUGAAAAAAACUCUUAAAAUGAGCACUGAAGAAAAACUUAAAAAUGUGUACUACCUUUUUCCUGAUAAACUGUGUGACUCUUUUGCUCUUUACCAUUACUUUAGAGCAAAGGGUAUUGAGCAAGUCUACAGUAAGUCUUAAUUUUUAAUUUAUAUAAAAUUUUACGUGUCGUCUUUCUCUGCGUAUAUAAUUUAUGCCAUAAAAAUAUUAGGGUGUUUUAUUUCAGUUAAAACUAUGGCUGUGUGGGAAGUAGAUUGCAUAAUUAGGAAAAAUAAAUGAAACUUUAAAAAAAAAAAAUCUAGCCCUUGCUUAAUGCAGAAGUUUUUGUCAUGGCCCAGAGCAAUGCAGAAUCAAACCGCUCUUUGGGGUUUGUUUAAAAACAAACACCCACCCACGCAAAAAAGUUGAAUGUCUUUCCUGUUAAUUAUCAUUGUUGUUAAUUUUUUUUUUUUCCUAAAUCACAAUGUUGUAGAUGUUCUCUUUCGAUGGUUGUAUCUGGAAAAACAUUACCUUCUACUAGUCUGGGCCACACAAUCCACGCUGCAUAGUUGCCAAUGCCACUCCUCCGAGCGCGGGACGAGAGGGGCCGUGCACCGGGCCGGGACCCGCCGCCCCGGCCGAGGGCUGGUGCCGCGCGUGGCCUUCAGCCCGGCUGCCCGGGCAUGAAGCGAGCGGCGACCGUCUCGUCCGCCCCCGCUACAAUCUCCUUCAAUCACUGCAGCUGACGUGGGACGCCCCGGGCCGCGUCGGAGGGUGCCGGGCGGGAAAUCGGGGCUGCCCUGCUGACCCGGAGUUGGCAACUAUGCGCUCCUUUCCAUGUCACUCUGUUUACUUGGAAUUUGCACUACACAUGUUGUGAGUGUCUGCUUUUAUUUAUUUGUAGUUCGAAAUCCCAUGUCUGGAAGAGAGAGGCGAGAAACCCGUUUAUCUAGUGUUUGUUCACUAACAUGGGAAGAGUUGUGGUGGCUGCAGAGCGCUGAGAUCAUCUUCGUACACGGUGAUGCGAUGUUUCACUAUCAUCCCCUCAGGAGCCUCGGCCCUGUAGCAAUAAAUAACAGUACAGAUACGUUUCUAAUACACAGUACAGCUUCUUGUACUGUUUUCUGAAUACUUGAAGAAAAUGGUAUUAUAAAUAAGCCUGUUAGCUAUACCUUUUUACAAUCUUACCAGUUCGUGGCCACUAAAGGAGCACACAGAGGCGAUGAAUGGUGGGGUGGUAGUAAGACUUCGAGUGUAUGAAUGACUUGGUUUAAAUGUUUUUGGCAUUGAAGAAGGUACAAAAGCACUGACCGGAUGAUUAAGCAUAAUUUAAUCUCCACUGUGAUAAAACUUAAGCAAUAAACAUGGAUUUAAUAGAGAAA